AUGUCCAGAACUCGGCAGCACCACCACCUGCUUCCACUCUUCCUGCAUCUGCUGUUAUGGCUUCAUGUCGAGGGAUUCCAGGAGGUGUAUUACAAGCGGCAGUUCUCAGGAUCAAGAACUUUUGUUGGAAAUUUUAGUAGCUACACGACGUCGACGAUAAGGUGUGCCUCUCUGUGUAGUAUCCUGGAGUGCCAUGCGUGGUCCUGGGACUCGGCUAAGGGUGAAUGCCUCGUGUAUACUUAUCUGGAGGGGACAAUACAAUCCGCCCCCUCGACCUGUAGCAGCUACCUCCCGCUUUACACCUUUAUCCCUCUCUGGGCAAAAGGUUACAACUGGAGCUGGCUGGAAGCAAUGAUCGCCUGUAAGACCAUCUGGGCAACGCAGGCUUAUGUGGGUCACGAGGAGAGAUUCGCCCUGGAGAAGAAGCUAGGCAGUCCUUACUUCGUGGGUUUGAAAAAGACGUCAAAUAACUCGUGGGCAGACACCUCAGGAGUGAUCGUGCCUGACCCAAUGUGGAGCACUGGAUACCCCAUGAGCGAGAAGUGCGCCAUGUACAACGGUGGCCUGAAGGACGUGGAUUGCUUUGACAGGUUCAGUUUGAGAACCAUCGUAGUAAGAGAGCAUAGCGUUUCAGAAUACAGGUUACGUCGUGGCAGUGAUGAGUGA